AUGGCAUCUUUGCCUCCUCCCCCUCCUCCAGGAUGGGGCGCAGCUCCUCCAUCCAUGACGAUGGCACCGCCGCCUCCUGGUUACCAGCCGCCGGCCGAUCCGAACGUCGCAAAAUUUGCGCAGAAGAAGCAUGAGUGGUUGCGCACGCAACGCAGUCGCUUCGGCGAGAAGCGAAAGGCUGGAUUUGUCGAGACACAGAAGGCGGACAUGCCGCCAGAGCAUCUGCGGAAGAUUGUUAAGGAUAUUGGCGAUGUUUCGCAACGGAAGUUCACCAACGAGAAGCGCAGCUAUCUCGGCGCGUUGAAGUUCAUGCCUCAUGCUGUCCUGAAGCUGCUAGAGAACAUGCCGAUGCCUUGGGAGUCAGCUCGUGAAGUGAAGGUCCUGUACCAUGUCAACGGCUGCUUGACCAUCGUGAACGAGACCCCGCGCGUCAUCGAGCCGGUUUUCCAUGCCCAGUGGGCUACCAUGUGGAUGUGCAUGCGCCGCGAGAAAAGUGAUCGACGCCACUUCAAGCGAAUGCGCUUCCCUCCAUUCGAUGACGAAGAGCCUCCCCUUUCCUGGUCAGAGAACAUUGAGGAUGUCGAGCCUUUGGAACCCAUUCAAAUGGAGCUCGAUGAGGACGAAGACGGAGCCGUUUCCGAGUGGUUCUACGACCACCGACCCCUUCUUGAUACCCCCCACGUAAAUGGUCCUAGUUACAAGACAUGGAAUUUGUCGCUGCCGCAGAUGGCUACUCUUCAUCGUCUGAGCCACCAGCUGCUCAGUGAUGUCGUGGACGAAAACUACUUCCACAUGUUCGAUCUCAACAGCUUCUUCACAGCAAAGGCCCUGAACGUUGCCAUCCCCGGUGGUCCCCGCUUCGAGCCCUUGUACAAGGACAUUGACCCUAACGACGAGGAUUUCAGCGAAUUCAACGCAAUCGACCGCAUUAUUUUCCGUGCCCCGAUCCGAACCGAAUAUCGCGUGACCUUCCCUUUCUUGUAUAAUACCCUUCCCCGCAGCGUCAAGGUUGCCUGGUACUCUCACCCCCAGGUGGUCUACGUUCGCACCGAGGAUCACAAUCUUCCCGCGUUCUAUUUCGACCCUGUCAUUAAUCCUAUUUCCUCCCGCUCCGUCGCUCCGAAGAACAUUACCGUUAGUCACGAGGAUGAGAUCUUUGGUCCUGGCAACGACGAAGAUGAAUUCGAACUUCCUAGAGAGGUCGAGCCGUUCUUUGACGAUGAGGAGCUGUACACACCUGAUACUUCGUCUGCGAUUGCUCUGUGGUGGGCCCCUCAUCCCUUCGAUAAGCGGUCCGGAAAGAUGGUUCGUGCUCAGGAUGUGCCGCUGGUCAAACAGUGGUAUCUGGAGCACUGCCCUCAGGGUCAACCUGUCAAGGUUCGCGUCUCGUACCAGAAGCUGCUCAAGACCUACGUGCUUAAUGAGCUGCACAAGAGCAAGCCGAAGGCUCAGAGCAAGCAGAACUUGCUGAAGACCUUGAAGACGACGAAGUUCUUCCAGCAGACCACUAUUGACUGGGUUGAGGCCGGUUUGCAAGUCUGCCGCCAAGGUUUCAACAUGCUGAACUUGUUGAUUCACCGGAAGAACUUGACCUACCUGCACCUUGACUACAAUUUCAACUUGAAGCCAGUUAAGACUUUGACUACCAAGGAGCGAAAGAAGUCUCGCUUUGGAAAUGCUUUCCAUCUGAUGCGUGAAAUUCUCCGCUUGACCAAGUUGAUCGUCGAUGCCCAGGUCCAAUACCGCCUCGGCAACAUUGAUGCCUUCCAGCUGGCUGAUGGUAUCCUGUAUGCUUUCAACCACGUCGGUCAGCUCACCGGUAUGUAUCGGUACAAGUACAAGUUGAUGCAUCAGAUUCGUUCUUGCAAGGAUUUGAAGCACUUGAUUUACUACCGCUUCAACUCUGGUCCUGUCGGCAAGGGUCCUGGUUGCGGUUUCUGGGCUCCCGCCUGGCGCGUUUGGCUGUUUUUCAUGCGUGGUAUCAUCCCUCUGCUCGAGAGAUGGCUUGGAAACCUGCUCUCUCGUCAGUUCGAGGGUCGUCACAGCAAGGGUGUGGCCAAGACUGUUACUAAGCAGCGUGUGGAGUCCCACUUCGAUCUGGAACUGCGUGCCUCCGUCAUGGCGGAUCUUAUGGAUAUGAUGCCCGAGGGUAUCAAGCAGAACAAGGUUAAUGUCGUGCUGCAACAUCUGUCCGAAGCUUGGAGAUGCUGGAAGAGUAACAUUCCUUGGAAGGUUCCUGGCCUGCCCGCGCCCAUCGAGAACAUCAUUCUUCGAUACGUGAAGAGCAAGGCUGACUGGUGGAUUUCUGUCGCGCACUACAACCGUGAGCGAAUUCGCCGUGGUGCUACCGUCGAUAAGACCGUAGCAAAGAAGAACCUGGGUCGUCUCACUCGACUCUGGCUCAAGUCCGAACAAGAGCGCCAGCACAACUAUCUGAAGGACGGUCCCUAUGUGUCGUCCGAGGAAGCUGUGGCUAUCUACACCACGAUGGUCCACUGGCUUGAGUCUCGCAAGUUUUCGCCCAUUCCUUUCCCCAGUGUCUCAUAUAAGCAUGACACCAAGAUUCUCAUCCUGGCCCUGGAGCGCCUUCGCGAGUCUUACUCUGUGAAGGGCCGUCUCAACCAGAGCCAACGUGAGGAGCUUGCCUUGAUCGAGCAGGCCUAUGACUCCCCUGGUACUACCCUUGCCAGAAUCAAGCGCUUCCUCCUGACCCAACGUGCUUUUAAGGAGGUUGGCAUUGACAUGAACGACAACUAUAACAACAUCAACCCUGUCUACGACAUUGAGCCUAUCGAGAAGAUCACCGAUGCCUACCUGGACCAAUACCUGUGGUACCAGGCUGAGCAGCGCCACCUCUUCCCUGCAUGGAUCAAGCCCUCCGACUCUGAGGUGCCUCCGCUCUUGACCUACAAGUGGACCCAGGGUAUCAACAAUUUGUCGAAUGUCUGGGAGACCGCUGAUGGUGAGACUAACGUCAUGAUCGAGACCGAGCUUUCCAAGGUCUACGAAAAGAUUGAUCUCACUCUGUUGAACCGCAUGCUCCGUCUCAUCAUGGACCACAACUUGGCGGACUACAUUACCUCGAAGAACAACGUUCAGCUCAGCUACAAGGACAUGAACCACACCAACAGCUACGGUCUGAUCCGUGGUCUGCAGUUCUCUGGCUUCGUGUUCCAGUACUAUGGUCUGAUGAUCGAUCUGUUGCUUCUCGGCCUGCAGCGAGCCAGUGAGAUGGCUGGACCUCCCCAGAGCCCCAAUGACUUCUUGCAAUUCCGUGACAAGGCUACUGAGACUCGCCACCCCAUUCGUCUCUACACUCGUUACGUCGACAAGAUCUGGGUCUUCUUCCGUUUCCAGGCGGAUGAGUCGCGCGAUCUGAUUCAGCGAUUCUUGACUGAAAACCCCGAUCCCAACUUUGAGAACGUCAUUGGAUACAAGAACAAGAAAUGCUGGCCUCGUGAUUGUCGUAUGCGCCUGAUGCGUCACGAUGUCAACCUCGGCCGUGCUGUCUUCUGGGACAUGAAGAACCGUCUUCCUCGGUCCAUCACCACCAUUGACUGGGAUGAUACCUUUGCCAGUGUAUACAGCAAGGACAACCCCAACUUGCUCUUCUCUAUGAGCGGAUUUGAAGUUCGUAUUCUUCCCAAGAUUCGCAACCAGAAUGAAGAGUUUUCGGUCAAGGACAGUGUUUGGUCUCUGGUUGACAGCUCCACCAAGGAGCGAACUGCCCAUGCAUUCCUCCAGGUCACUGAGGAGGACGUCCAGAAGUUUAACAACCGUAUUCGUCAAAUUCUCAUGUCCUCCGGAUCGACAACCUUCACCAAGAUUGCCAACAAGUGGAACACAGCACUCAUUGCUCUCUUCACUUACUACCGUGAGGCUGCCGUGUCGACCGUCAACCUUCUCGACACCAUCGUGAAAUGUGAGACCAAGAUCCAGACUCGUGUCAAGAUCGGUCUGAACUCCAAGAUGCCUUCCCGUUUCCCUCCUGCUGUCUUCUACACGCCCAAGGAGCUGGGAGGUCUGGGUAUGAUCUCUGGUUCCCACAUCCUCAUCCCCACCAGCGACAAGCGCUGGUCCAAGCAGACCGACACUGGCAUUACUCACUUCCGCGCGGGUAUGUCACAUGACGAGGAAACCUUGAUCCCCAACAUCUUCCGAUACAUCAUUCCCUGGGAGGCUGAGUUCAUCGACUCCCAGCGUGUGUGGAUGGAGUACUCGCAGAAGCGCAUGGAGGCUCAGCAGCAGAACCGCCGUUUGACUCUUGAGGAUCUCGAGGACAGCUGGGACCGUGGUCUUCCUCGCAUCAACACUCUGUUCCAGAAGGACCGCAGCACCCUCAGCUUCGACAAGGGUUUCCGUCUCCGUGCUGAGUUCAAGCAGUACCAGUUGAUGAAGAGCAAUCCUUUCUGGUGGACCAGUCAGCGACAUGACGGUAAACUCUGGAACCUGAACGCCUACAGAACCGAUGUUAUCCAAGCCCUGGGUGGUGUGGAAACUAUUCUUGAGCACACACUCUUCAAGGCGACGGCAUUCCCGUCCUGGGAGGGCCUAUUCUGGGAGAGAGCUUGUCUUGCAAAGGGUACACGUUUGCUACGCUACGAUGGCUCGGAGGUCAACGUUGAGGAUGUUAAGGAGGGUGACCAGCUUCUGGGUCCGGACGGCCAGCCUCGCACUGCGUUCAAUAUCGUGAGUGGCGAGGAGCGUUUGUAUCGCAUCAAGCUUGGCGCCUCGAAGGAAGACCUUGUCGUCACACCAAACCACAUUCUGGUGCUGCACCGCGAGAAGCGCGCACGGAAUGUCUACGCUGGCCCCUCAAUUCACGCGCAUGCCGACCGAUUCAGCGAGCAGUUUAGGGAACUGCCCGUUCCAAGCUCCAGCCCCGCGGCAGCCGAUCGUCCCAACAACCUGGUCAAGCCGCGCGACAAUCUUCUCGCAGCUCUGAAAAGCGCGAUCGCGUGGGCGCUCCGCGCUGAGCGGAGUGCGGUUGGCGCAGCUGCCAUCCGCAACGUGCUUAAUGGUACCGUUGGCCUGAACACUCACGAAGAAUGCUUCCAGGUCAUCGGACCCUCUGAGCCGGGUGCCCCCAAGGUGAAGCCCGGCAAGAAGCCCUUUUUCACCUUUGCGUGGGGUAAUGCGCAGCGCACCAACAUCAAAGGUCACGAAGCGCAUCCGCCUGUCUUUUUCGCCACUAGAGACGAAGCCUUCGCUGCAGCGGUUGCCAAAUCGCGCGAGCUUCGCGCCCGAUGCGACGUGACGCUUGCUAACCUCGGCGAGCGAUUCCGCGCCAAGCUCGCGGAGCGCGACGGAAAGGGUGGAGAGAUUCGUGUAGAUGCAAACCUGCCGAAUAUCUUCUUGUUGUGGAACAAGGGUGGUGCGGCUCCGCGGAUUCGCGUGUAUUGCUCGCGUAACUACAAGAAAUACGGACGACAGUACACCUUUGGUUCCAUGCCGAGCGAUGAGCAUGAGCUUGGCGCGCAAGACUCGCAGCUUGGCGCGCAAAACGCAGAGUUUGUCACUGAGCUUCCCGAGGUCAACGCUGCGGAGCGGUACGAUACUGUCGAGAUGACGGCCGAAGAGUUCGCCGCGCUUUCUCCCGAGGAGCGUGGAUGGUACCGUGUCUUCCGCUCACCCGGGUUUGAGUAUCCCGAGCAGGAAGUCCCGGUGCACCCUUACUUCCUCGGUCUCUGGCUUGGCGAUGGAAACCGCCGAAACACCGUCAUCUACAGCAACCACGAGCAAGCUGUCCGCGAAUUCCUCGUACAGCACGCCGCGGAGCUGGAUCUCUACCUUGUGCACCACGGUGGGCUGUCCUACGCAACAGUCGCACGGCACAAGGGCCGCAGCGGUGUGUCGCAGGACGUUUCGCUCCCAGUUGCGCUGAAGGACGAAACAAUCCGCCCGCCAGUCCGCCAAGCUCGCCAGACCAUCCGCAAGCAACGCAUGGAAGAAGCUCUGCAUCACGCAAGCCCCUCGCCACCUCCCGCGCACGAGAAGCGUGGGCUACCUUCGAGCGUCGAGUCUACCCCGCGCCACAAGCGCCAAGUUCUCUCUGAGAUACCGGAGACUCCGCCAGCCUGGCCUGAGACGCUUGAUGACGCCGACGCGCCUCCCUCAGCGCAGCCCGCGCACAAUGCUUCUGGUGCGCUUGGUUCGCUGCCUCCCGCGCUUGGCUCGCUACUCUCCGCAUUCCGCCUUCCAACUUGCGCCCCAAGCGCAUUGCCCGCAACGCAACUCGCUCAUGCUGCACCCGGUGCAUCAAGCUUGCUGCCUGAGUCCUCGAAGAAGCCCUUGUCCCGCUCCGUUUCGGCGCUCUCUGCUCGUUCUGCGUCGAUAGCGCCAAGCUCAUUGUCGCGCGCACCAAGCUCGCUGUCGCGCGAGGUCUUCGCCACUGAUGCCGAUCUGUUCGAAAUCCCUGAAUCUACAACUGAUCAGCGCGGCGAAGUUGACGAGGAUGAAGCUUGGGACUUCGAGUUCCCCACCGCGGCUGACGCAGAUUGGACCGAGGCUGUCUCUCAGCUGGCUUCUGACUCCGAGAUCAUCGAGCUUGCCGAGCAGUCCGAGCAGCGGCUGCGCGGUGAAAGCAUGGUGAAGGACGAGGAAGAAGAAGAGAAGCUAGAUUUUGAUCUGCUUCUCACAGAUAGCGAGGACGAACAAAGUGAGGAUGCGGAGUUUGCGCAUGCGGAGAUCGCGGAUAUCGGCGACCUCAAAGCUCGCCGGCGCAACCACCGCCUCCAAACUGGUCAGAGCGCGUACGGCGAUCUUUCGCCCGACGAGCAGCACACACUGCUCCGCGAGGUAGUCACGCAAGCUGGUGGGGCAUCAUCGAACAGCUUGAUGAAGGCACUGCGCAGCUUGGGGGUUGUCGCGCCAAGCCACGCCACGGGUCCAGAAGUUGACACCAAGCAUAUCCCGCAAUCUUAUCUGAAGAACUCGCGCGCUGUUCGUCUUGCGGUGCUCGCAGGUCUUAUAGAUAGCGAUGGCUGGUAUGUCUACCCAGAAAAUAUGCUGGGCUUCGCGCAAAGUGAAAAGUGGCACAAGAGGCUUUUCUGGGAUGUGGUAGCACUUGCGCGGUCGCUUGGCCUUAGCGUAUGGACCAAGCAGAUAGAACAGUGGAACCCCCAGCGCACCAAGCGCACGCCGCAGCUUGUUGCGCAGAUUUUCGGUAAUGUCGCGGAAGUGCCUUGUCUCCUCGCGCGCAAAAGGGGCUGCGAGCGGUACAUUCCGCAAAUGCAUAGCUUCAUGAUCAAGGACAUCAGCUUGGAGCCCCAUGAAACACAAUGGGCUGGGUUCCGCGUGGAUAAAGACCAACUGUAUCUGCGUCACGACUACCUUGUUCUGCAUAAUUCCGGAUUUGAAGAGAGCAUGAAAUUCAAGAAACUCACCAACGCCCAGAGAUCUGGUUUGAACCAGAUCCCUAACCGUCGGUUCACCUUGUGGUGGUCCCCUACCAUCAACCGCGCCAACGUCUAUGUCGGUUUCCAGGUUCAGCUCGACUUGACCGGUAUUUUCUUGCACGGCAAGAUCCCCACUCUCAAGAUCUCUCUGAUCCAGAUCUUCCGUGCCCAUUUGUGGCAGAAGAUUCACGAGUCCGUGGUCAUGGAUUUGUGUCAGGUGUUUGAUCAGGAGUUGGAGCAGCUUGGCAUUGAGGCUGUCCAGAAGGAGACAAUCCACCCUCGUAAGUCUUACAAGAUGAACAGCUCCUGCGCCGAUAUUCUGCUCUUCGCAACAAACAAGUGGAACGUCACGCGACCUUCGCUGUGCUUUGAUACCAAGGACGUUUAUGAGCCCACCACGACGAACAAGUUCUGGGUUGAUGUGCAGCUGAGAUACGGUGAUUAUGACUCUCACGACAUCGAGCGUUAUGUCCGUGCCAAGUAUCUCGACUAUACUACCGACAGCAUGAGUAUCUACCCAUCGGCUACUGGUUUGAUGAUCGGUAUUGACCUUGCCUACAACCUUUACUCUGCUUACGGUCAGUACUUCCCCGGUCUGAAGACCCUGAUUCAGCAGGCCAUGGCCAAGAUCAUGAAGGCCAACCCUGCCUUGUACGUUCUUCGUGAGCGUAUUCGCAAGGGUCUCCAAUUGUACGCCUCGGAGAGCAACCAGGAGUUCCUCAACUCCCAGAACUACUCCGAGCUUUUCAGUCCCCAGAUUCAGCUAUUCAUUGAUGACACCAAUGUCUACCGUGUCACCAUUCACAAGACCUUUGAGGGUAACUUGACCACCAAGCCCAUCAACGGUGCUAUCUUCAUUUUCAACCCCCGCACUGGACAACUGUUCUUGAAGAUCAUCCACACUAGUGUCUGGGCUGGUCAGAAGCGUCUGGGUCAGCUUGCCAAGUGGAAGACAGCCGAAGAAGUUGCCGCUCUCAUCCGAUCUCUCCCUGUGGAAGAGCAACCGAAGCAGCUCAUCGUUACACGUAAGGGUCUACUUGAUCCUCUCGAGGUUCACCUACUCGACUUUCCCAACAUCUCUAUCCGUGCCUCGGAGCUUCAGCUACCUUUCCAGGCCGCCAUGAAGGUCGAGAAGCUUGCUGAUAUGAUUCUUCGGGCCACUGAGCCUCAGAUGGUUCUGUUCAACCUCUACGAUGAAUGGCUCAAGUCCAUUUCUCCGUACACUGCUUUCUCCCGUUUGAUCUUGAUCCUUCGUGCCCUUCAUGUCAACAUCGACAAGGCCAAGAUCAUCCUUCGACCCGACAAGAGUGUUAUCACUCAAGAACACCACAUCUGGCCCUCACUCUCCGACGAGGACUGGAUCAAGGUCGAAGUCCAGCUUCGUGAUCUUAUCCUGAAUGACUAUGGCAAGAAGAACAAUGUCAACGUGCAGAGUUUGACUAGCUCUGAAGUUCGGGAUAUUAUCCUGGGUAUGGAGAUCAGUGCUCCUUCGCUGCAGCGUCAGCAGGCAGCCGAGAUCGAGAAGCAGCAGGAAGAGGCCAAGCAAUUGACUGCGGUCACAACCAAGACUCAGAACGUGCGCGGCGAGGACAUCAUCGUCACGACAACCUCGCAGUACGAACAGCAGUCCUUUGCCUCAAAGACCGAAUGGCGUACUCGUGCCAUCGCGACUUCGAACUUGCGGACCAGGUCCAACAACAUCUAUGUCUCUUCGGACGACAUCCGUGAUGAUGGCUACACCUACAUCAUGCCGAAGAACAUUCUCAAGCGGUUCAUCACCAUCGCUGAUCUUCGUGUCCAGGUUACCGGCUACAUCUACGGUAGCUCACCCCCUGACAACGAUCAGGUCAAGGAGGUCCGCACGAUUGUCAUGGUCCCUCAAGUUGGAAACACCCGGGAUGUUCAACUGCCGAACCAGUUGCCUCAGCAUGACUACCUGAACGGUCUGGAGCCGCUGGGUGUCAUUCACACUGUCUCGGGCAACGAGCCACCCUACAUGUCGGCGGCAGAUGUAACGCAGCACGCUCGUCUGAUGAACUCCCACCCUUCGUGGGAUAAGAAGACUGUGACCAUGACCGUGUCCUUCACUCCUGGCUCCGUCUCGCUUUCCGCCUGGGGUCUGACUCCUGAUGGCUACAAGUGGGGUGCUGAGAACAAGGACAUGAGCUCGGACCAGCCGCAAGGCUUCUCAACCAGCAUGGGUGAAAAGUGCCAGCUGUUGCUGAGUGACCGUAUCCGUGGUUACUUCCUGGUUCCCGAAGACAACCUGUGGAACUACAGCUUCAUGGGAAGUUCGUUCGGCAGUGUCGAGAAGCGACCUAUCUACGUCAAGAUCGAUACUCCGCUCCGCUUCUACGAUGACCAGCACCGCCCUCUACACUUCCAGAACUUUGCUGAGUUGGAGGAUAUCUGGGUUGAUCGGACGGACAACUUUGAGUAA